AUGAGAUAUUUCACUGUCCAGGAUUUUCAAAUAGCACCAAUGUUGGAGGAAUUUGAACAUCUUGUUGGUAUUCCCGUAAAAAACAAACUUCCAUUUAUGGGUGUCGAAGGGAUCUUGGAACAUGAAGUUAGAGUUGUUGCCCUUCACAUGCAUAAGAAGGAGGUUACUGCAAACCUGGGAGUGAAAGGAAAUACCAAAGGGUUUCCACUCAAUUUUCUUAUAGAGAGAGCUUACACCUUGUUGGAAGCCCAAAGUUGGGAGGCUUGCUACGCUACUAUUGCCUUGUCUAUUUAUAGAAUCGUUCUGUUCCCAAACUUUGACGAUUUUGUAGACAUGACUGCCAUUUGCAUCUUCCUCACGAAGAAUCUACUUCCUACCCUUCUUGCUGAUGUGUUCUAUUAUCUGACUUGGAGAAGUACAAAGAAGGGAGGAAUAGUUUCUUGUUGCACCCCUCUAUUGUACACAUGGUUGCAGACCCAUCUUCCAAAUAGGGGUCCCUUUAUGGAUCAGAAGGAUGCUAGUUGGCCCCAGAGGUUGGGAUCACUCCGAUCUAGCAAUAUUUCCUGGUACUCUAUGGAGUAUGAUGGUACAAAAAUCAUAUCCAGUUGUGGGGACUUCCCCAACAUACCACUCAUUGGUACUCGUAGUUGUAUUAAUGCUAAUCCAAUCUUUUCCAUGAGACAACUUAGGUACCCAAUGGAGGGACCUCCCGAGGAGAAGUUUUUGGAAGCCUUUUUUCUGCAUGACCUAGGAGUUGAGAAUCCGACUUUGUUUGCAAGGAUCAAGAAGGCAUGGGAAAAGGUCAAUAGGAAAGGUAAGGCUGACAUAGGAAAGAAGAACUGUAUCACCAAAGAGCCAUACUUUCAAUGGAUAAAAGAAAGAGUAAGAUCAAUCAAGAUGCCUUUAAAAAUAGAGACGUCUGGUCCUCUUCCCGAGCCUAAACCUACUCAUGUCCCAAUUGAGGAGGCAAAAGGACUCCGAGCUUCUUUAGAGAAACUUACAAAGGAAAAUGAAGACUUGUUGAAGAACCUAUACCUGGUCACUAAUGAAAAGAAUGAGUUUAAAUGGAAACUUGAGAGGAAAAAAACUUCGCUUCAGUGGAAGCUCGCCACAAAACAAAAGAAGGAGAUAAGAGAUACGCUUGAGGCUGAAAUAGCCGACCUCAAUGCUUCACUUUGUAAAUCAAAAGAAAGGGCAGAACGAGAACGCCGUAGUAAAGAGGGUGCUUUGGCUGCUGCUCAGAUUACACCUGAUAUGUGGAAAGGAAAGUGCCAAGAGGCUGAGAAUGCUAAUGAGUGGGAGAGAUACUGGAGAGGCCGAUAUGAUUUUUUGCUACGAGAAGGUGAAGAUUGGAUGAAUGCAAGGGAAAAUGUGAAUGUUAGUUUGGCAGCCUGCGAGGAAACCAUCCAGUUUUUACAUAAACAAAGAAAUGAGUAUCGAGACAAGUUUGUCAGUUUGAUAGACUUCUACAAUGGCAUGGCCAAGGAGGUGCCUUUGAUGCUAAGAUGUACUCUGGAAGACAUAGACGAUGACAACAUCCCUUCUUCAGUGACUGACUUUAUUUAUCUUUGUGAAGACAUGAUGAAAAGGUUCAAAGGAGAGUUGGAAGAUCUCAACAAAUAG